AUGAUUAAUCAAAGAAGGCCGAGGUUUGCCGCAACACCCUUCAAUACAAUGGCGGCGCGCGGCGGAUGCGUCAUUCUAUUGGUCUUUUUUGUCAUAUUCGUUCUCAUCUCGCAAACUUCAAAUAAGGCAAUCACCGCGAAUCCAGUGGAAAGUCAAGUCGAGGAAAUGCCCGAAGUUGUCCCAAAAAGUGAAGACAACGCGAUGGCCGAAAUGAUGGAGAAGAUCAAAAUGCUUGAGGAUGAGAUUGCGUCGCUUCGGAAUCGAAUUGACGAGAAUGACCAUUCCGAGCAGGUCAUUGGUGCUCCGCUUCCAACAACAAAGACUUUUCCAUCGGUUAGGUAUCGAAAUGAGGAAACGAGAAAGAGGAUUCUGAUCACCGGCGGCGCGGGAUUCGUUGGCUCACAUCUUGUAGAUAAGCUUAUGCUUGAUGGGCACGAGGUAAUUGCUCUCGAUAAUUACUUCACUGGCCGGAAGAAGAAUAUCGAGCAUUGGAUCGGUCACCCAAAUUUUGAAAUGGUCCAUCAUGAUGUGGUGAACCCCUAUUUUGUCGAAGUUGAUCAAAUCUAUCAUUUGGCGUCACCGGCGUCCCCACCUCAUUAUAUGUACAAUCCAGUCAAGACCAUCAAGACAAAUACUCUUGGGACCAUUAACAUGCUAGGAUUGGCCAAAAGAGUCAAGGCUACAGUACUCCUCGCCUCGACAUCAGAAGUCUAUGGUGAUCCGGAUGUCCAUCCGCAACCCGAAGUCUAUUGGGGCCAUGUGAACACGAUUGGACCUCGAAGUUGCUAUGACGAGGGCAAACGAGUCGCCGAGGCUCUUAUGGUGGCUUAUAACAAACAGGAGAAUGUGCAGAUCAGAAUUGCGCGGAUAUUCAACACGUUCGGCCCACGAAUGCAUAUGAAUGAUGGACGAGUGGUGUCGAAUUUUAUAAUUCAAGCGUUGCAGGAUAAAUCGAUAACGAUUUAUGGGAACGGAACGCAGACGAGAUCGUUUCAGUACGUCACAGAUCUUGUCGAUGGCCUCAUCGCGCUUAUGAAUAGCAACUACUCGCUUCCGGUGAACAUUGGCAAUCCGGAAGAGCACACGAUCGCCGAAUUUGCAAGAAUCAUUCGCGACUUGGUGCCGGGAUCGACUAGUCAAAUCGUCAAUAUGCGAUCGCAACAGGAUGAUCCGCAACAACGAAGGCCGGACAUCACAAGAGCCGCGAAUGAGAUCGGAUGGAAGCCAAAGGUUCUGAUGCAUGAUGGAUUGAUGAAGACUAUUGAUUACUUCCGGGCCGAGAUUGAGAGGAACAAAAAGGGCGGCAAGGCGGUGCCGGAGGCGAUUCCGAUCGAUCGUCUUGGCGGAUUUGAAACUAUGGAUAGCGAUGAUGGUGAUGGAAGCUUCUAUAAACCGAUUCCGAGCGCUGUACCUUUAAUCCGCCAAUCGCAAACGGUAAAAGUUGAGCCAGUCGAUGUUGCUGAUGACGAUGACGCGAAAUCGGAUGACUCGUUUGAAAAUUUUCGAGGGGACCCAAUUGCGCCGAGUCAGCAGCAAAUUGCGAAACCGACGAUUCCCGACACGCAAAUGAACACCGUCAUCUCACAACAGUCGCGAUGCUCACAAAUUGAGAACUCGAAACCGAACGGCUUUAAUUCAACCCAGGCUUUAAAAGCCGCGAGACCGUCGCCUAUUAAUAAUGCCACACUGAACAGCUCGUUUUCACGUCAUGAAAGUGACAACUCAUUUUUCCGGUUGGGAGCCCAAAAAGCUCCGAUGAGAACGCCGCCGAACGCUUCACAGCGGCCAUCGACGCCUAGCGGCGAGACGUUGAUGCUUCGAAGUCAACUGGAGAAGGAGAAGAAGGAGAAGGCGAAAAUGACCGCCGAAUGGCAGAAAUCGCUCCGCGAGCUUCAUGAGAAGCAUCAAGCUGAAAUGGCGGCCAAAGAGGAUGAAUAUAAGAAGCUGAUGACGCAGAAUGAGAUGCUGAAGACGAUGGCUUCUUGUCGGAAGUAUGACAAUGAAGUGGCAGCGAACUCGUCGACUAAGGAGACUCCACCUCACGGGGUCCAGAUUAAAAAGGUCCCGGUUAGGAUAGGUGGUCCGUUAUUCAAGCCGGCGACUUCUACACCAAAGUCAAAAGCCGUCGUGGGAACGCCGCGACGAGAUUCGCGACCGAGCGUCUUGCAAUUGUCGGCGUUUCGCCACGAGAAUCGCCUACGGCUUCCUGUCAGAGAAUGCAAGAAUGGCGAAGAGCUGAUGGAAGAGGAUGGUGAUGUAAAUGAUGAAACAUUCCCGUUGGAGACCAGCUUCAUUCCGACGAUGACGUCGACGCCGAGAGCAAACGCGCCGAUCAGAUCGUUCUCGAAACUUCGACGUGGUCUUGACGCGAAUGGCGAGGAUGUUGAGCGAGGAGCGCCGUUGGCGAAACGGCCGGCAAUUCUUAUUGACGAAAGGCCCAGCAAGAAGGAGGAAGAGCCUCGGAUGGAGCGCAAGAAGUUUGGAAAAGUCGAACUCAAAAAUCGACUCGAUUCAAUUAAAUUUGUCAAAGUUCGCAAGAAAGAGCGUGACGAGCCGCCACCCGACGACUGCUCAUUCAUUGAGGGCUGCUCGAGCUGGGUGGAGCAGCACCUCAGCGUUCAACUCGAGAAUGUCCAGUUGAAGAAGCGACGGCAGGCGUUGUCGGCGAUCACGCGAACCAAACUGAAAGAGUUGAUCGUGAAAUCGGAGCGCGUCGACGAUUCGUCGAAAUUGUGCCGAAAGUGUGGUCUCGCGACGAUUGUCGCAAAUGGUGAAAAAUCGAAGAAGGAGUGGAUGCUGAAGGAGGAGGAUCGAAUACGACGAGCUCGAAAAGAAGCUGAAUCACAAUUGAUUCUUACGUACACAUCAGCGUUGAACAAUGUGAAUCGGAAGGGGUUUGAAAGUUUGGAAGCUAGCGAGAAGCAAAUCAAAGAAAUGGAAUUGGAGUUUAAGAAAAAGUGUGAAGAAAUUGAAAUGAAAAAUUUGGAAUGUUUAAGAAAAGAAGUGAUAAGUGAUUGGAAGCGCUCAUAUUUGGAUGCUUUGGAGGAAUUUGGCGAGCUCAAUGCGAAUUUAUACGAGCUGCCGAAAAAUUCGAAAUAUGGUGAAGCUUCAUCGCGCGCUCUCACAUCAACAAUUCUUCUAGAUGACUGUAUUUGGACGUCGGAUUCGGAUGAUGACGAUCAACCGCCGAACAAUGACUACGACUACGGUGUGCUUUGCAAAUUGUGCGCGAAUCGGCAAAAGUUUGAGCGACGAAUUGCGAAGCGCGAAAACGUGCGAAUGCGAUUGAGAAUUGAAUGUUUUGAUGAGUUUGGGAAAGAGCAGCGCGAAAAAUUAAGGAAUAUGUCAAUAUUGACAAAGAGCAAAAUCGAAGAAGCCGAUGAUGAGCUGAAAAUGCAAGUGCGCGAAUUGAUGGGCGAUGAUGAUUCGGAUGAGAAUGAUGUUGAUUCGUUUUAG